AUGCGAAGAUGUGAAGAUGUGGUGGGCAAUGCUACUGUCGGCGCGUCCAAUAAAGAACGGCGGUUUACUCCGCCCGCGCUCCACGUAGUUUGUGUGCGCAAGUCGCGUAACUCGCCGACAACGCGUCCCCCGUCGUCAUCGCCGCCGCCGACCGCCGCCGUCGUGGCACAAGUCGGCGUGACGUCACCACCGGGCGGUCCUGGCGAGGCCGGGACACCGUCGCGAAGCGCCUGCGAACCAGAGACGCACAAGAGCAGCCGCGCCAAUACCCAGGCGUGCAAGAGCAGGCCCGCCGACAUCCAGGCGUGCAAGAGCAGGCCCGCCGACACCCAGGCGCCCGCCGACACCCAGGCGAACAAGAGCAGGCCCGCCGACACCCAGGCGCGCAAGAGCAGGCCCGCCGACACCCAGGCGCGCAAGAGCAGGCCCGCCGACACCCAGGCGUGCGAGAGCAGGCCCGCCGACACCCAGGCGCGCGUGCAAGAGCAGGCCCGCCGACACCCCGAGAGCAAGCCCACCGACACCCAGGCGAACAAGAGCAGGCCCGCCGACACCCAGGCGCGCAAGAGCAGGCCCGCCGACACCCAGGCGCGCAAGAGCAGGCCCGCCGACACCCAGGCGUGCGAGAGCAGGCCCGCCGACACCCAGGCGCGCGUGCAAGAGCAGGCCCGCCGACACCCCGAGAGCAAGCCCACCGACACCCAGGCGAACAAGAGCAGGCCCGCCGACACCCAGGCGCGCAAGAGCAGGCCCGCCGACACCCAGGCGCGUAAGAGCAAGCCCGCCGACACCCAGGCGCGCAAGAGCAGGCGCGCCGACACCCAGGCGUGCAAGAGCGGGCCCGCCGACACCCAGGCGUGCAAGAGCAGGCGCGCCGACACCCCUGCCGGAUGCGGCGCGGAGACGACGGGUCCGCGCAGGAAGUGUUUAUGGCCGGGACACUUCCUGGCGCGGGACGGCGCGGCGCCCGAGGACCACGCCCCGCGGCCACGCUCGGGGGCCUGGGUCGAGGGCGCCAAGACCGCGGCAGCCCUCAGGACGCCGCCGAUUGCCCUUCGCGGGCCUCUCACCCGUUGUUCUUUUACGACGUCCUGUAAAACCGCCCUGACUCCGACCCUUCUUCGCUCCGAGUCUCCCACACCUUCCCCUCCCGCCCUCGACCACGCCGUAAUUUUCGCCCGGUGGAUCAGCAUUUUACGACGCGUGGAGAGGAACCGCCGGCGUCGCUGCAAGAAGUGGAGGAUCUCGCCGGGGGCUCGGAUGUUCCUGGGGCCGCGACCCUGGGCUAACGACGGCGCGCGCAGGUUGAGCAGUUGA